UCGACUUGGACGGUAAUGUCCGCCAAGUCAAGCAUCGCCGUUCCUUUUUGCCUUGUUCUCGACAGCUUCAACAUCAUGUGAUUGAUUGUCUUUCAUGCCAUUUUCAGAAUCAUCGAAUUUGCCAUUCUUGCUGGUUAAACGGUACAUGGGAGCGUUGAAAAGCUCUUGCCUUGCCUAUCAAUCCAAACUUUAUUCGCAAGCGAGAUUCAACUUCAUUGAUUGCUCUCUCUUUCUGUCACUUGACCCCGGCUUCCAGGUUCAUACAAGCAGCCUCGCCCUGCUUGGCCACAUCCGCACAGAGCAAACAAUAUCAUGGCAUCGUCUCAGUCUUUGCCAAGCCAAACUAGGCGUACUCGAAUUGUUUGUAUCAGCGAUACUCAUAAUUCAACUGUCAAGCUACCGAAAGGUGACGUGCUGAUUCAUGCUGGCGACUUGACGAACCAGGGUAGCUAUUCAGAGCUUUCCAAAACAGUGCAGUGGUUAGAAAAGGUCGACUUUGAAGUCAAGAUUGUGAUUGCCGGAAACCAUGAUAUAACACUGGAUCAAGGCUUCUAUCAAGAUCAUGGGCAAAGCUUCCACAACAAGAAACCCCAGAACACGGCUGAGUGUCUCAAGCUUCUGACAUCGAGCCCUACCAUCACAUACCUGUGUCAUAGCUCCACGAGAAUCCGGCUUACCAACCCCAAAGGACCAAGAACCGAAUUCAAUGUCUUUGGCUCUCCCUACAGUCCCAAGAACGGUCUGUGGGCAUUCGGAUACGAUGGCAACGGCGUGGAGCCAGAUCCUUCGGGAACGCAAACAUCUACAGACCUCGUCUCCCACGAAGCAGUAAACCUUUGGUCAGAGAUCCCACUUGAUACCGAUAUCCUGGUCACACAUACACCACCACGAGGCAACUGCGAUGCCACGCUUGGAUGUCAAUUUUUGAAGAAACGACUCUCGACAGUCCGCCCAAGACUUCAUGUUUGUGGCCAUAUCCAUCCGGGAAGGGGUGCUCAGCGAGUGCGAUGGGAGCUGGAAAGGGAUGAAUUUGCCAACGAGCAAUAUCAUGAAGCCGGCGUGGAAUACUGGGAUGACCCCCACCCAGAUAUUCAAUCAGCCAAGCUCAGUCUGGUUGAUUUGACCCCUCGUGGAGGCAACCGCGCCCUUGCCUUUGGCAACUCGGCCGAAACUACCACGAAUGUAUCAGGAGGCAGCCCACGUGAUGGUCUGCUCCGAACACCGUCUGUCUCAUGCACCCUAUCAUCCCGACAGGAUCCCGAGUGUCGGGUCUCGGAUGGUCAGCCCCGUGGCCUUGGUCCUGGACCUGGACUGGGCCCCGGGCUCCCCACCUUGGAUGACGUCCAGCCUCUAACGUCCAAAAGCCGAGAGUUGAACUCCAGUCGCACGGGUCGACGCGAGACUUGCGUAGUCAACUGUGCUAUCGUGGCAACGAACUGGCCUCACACGGGUGGCAGGAGAUACAACAAGCCAAUUGUCGUUGAUGCGGAUCUGCCUGUAUGGACGUAGUUCCAGGACUCGGCAUACUGCCAGCCUACGGCGAAUAGAGCGGAUUCCAUUCCUUGAGAGAUCCCUCUCCGUGACUAUUUGGGUAGCUACGUGUGGUCUCAUCGACAGACAGCUGGCUUGGGACCCGUUGAAACGCCGACUACGGCCACCAUGAUGGAGCAUCACUGAAGAUCAAUACAGACUCGAUCCGACAGUUGUUGCUCCACCCAACAAGCUGCUCGGCCCGCUCUAUGAACCAACAACCGCAUGGUUAUGAAUCCGAUACGCUACCGUCUUGCCCGUCCAGGAUCCUGCCGUUGCUCCCCACAGAACCAAGUGUGCUUAACGUGGCAUGCUUGGGACAACAUCUCCAUAGUCCAGCCCAUAUGUGGACUUUGGAAGCAUGGAGGAAGAUGUCAACCUCGACAUCAUGACGAAGCUACGAUAAUUGUCACUGAACGAGUGGGACACAUUCACAGCUGAAACCACGUCGACGAGCGUACGUGCAUAUAUCCAAAUAGGCAACGUCCCAUGUGACGUUUUGGGCUCGGUCAGACUCAUCUCCUUCUACUCCGUACAAGGAAUGAAUGGAGUAGUUCUCAAGUGGAGCCUUGUUCGUUGCUCUUCGACCCGGCUAUGUUCCGAUAUCUGAGAGGCCAGACAUAGGCAAGCCUCAGCAGGCGAACUGGCUUGCUAAGAUCAACGUCUCCUUGAGCGUGGCACAUGCCUUGAACCCGGGGAUCCGCAGCCUGACCCCAGAAUUCACAAGCGGGCUGAACAUCAGACAUCUCCGUCAGCAACGGCCCGCAUAGCGUUUCCGCUUUUACCCCAGCUUGCAGCCGUCACUGCCUCGUGAGAUCCAGGCUUGAGGUUGUCGGCAGGUCACGAGCUCAGAGGCUCACGAGUGCAGGUACAAGAGCCAAUAAGCGCUGGCCAAGGCAAGCUGCGGUCUCGGCUGCGUGCUCUCUCUUCUUUGCCAAUUGCGGAGAAACAUACUGCAGAGGGAGAAGCAACGGCAGUGCUAAUCGGAAAGAAAGCGAGAGCCGCAGGAGUCUAGAGGGGCACAAGACCGCGAGCUGUCCCAUGUGGCACCUAGACGAGCGCUUCUGCAUCUUUUUGGGACCAGUCAUCCAGUGCUCGCCAUGGCAACAGUGGUCAGAUGGUGGGGAUGAGGCCGCGGAGAGCAUUAACGUCUGAAGCUCCAGCUCCUGCACGAUAGUUGCGUUAUUUGUCGUGGGGGACCAUUACAGUCCAAUGGGGCUUUCCAAGAACGCUAUGCUGCACAUGUGCCUCGAGAACCAGGCCAAGACGCAUUGUGCACGAGGAUACCAGAAAUGCUGAGCUGGGAGGCUGCUGACAGAUGUGCAGUGCACAGCCUGCCCAUCAACAUCACAAUUGGCAGCAAAUAUCGAACUCAUGGUUGGUUCUCACCGCCAUGAGGUCAACGGACGCACGGCAUAUCGACGCUCCAUUAGCAGUCAGCCUGACCGCCCAAAAACGUUCCGUGCUUCCCGUACCGGACUAUACUCUCACCAUUGGGGUGACACAAAGUCUUUCGGUAAAGGAUCUCACCCGCGUCGAGGUUUAUUCGGUGUCAGCUCCCUGAAGUUAAGGUCCUUACCUAACAAGGGUGUUUUGCUUGGUCAAAAGAGCGGGCAUGGGCAUGGGGAGGAGGGAGGGGUAAAGUCGCGCGGGCUUGGCGGGGUAAGUUCACACUUCCCCAUGCUGACUCGUCACAGGAGCUGUCGGUCUCCUGAGCGCUGCAGAAGCUCCAACAGGUCUCAAAAGCGACCACCGGAAGAGACAGUUUCUCUCUUUGGGGAACCAGAUCUACCUCGUAUGUACCUCUCCGGGACACUGGGCAGGCCGAAACACAGCAGAUGACAUUCUUGGGAGGGAUAUCAGUGCUUAGAGUGUUACACCUAUGACCGCAUUGCUGUGUAAAAAACAAGCAGGAUCUGGGCGAAUCUUGAUAUGUUCAUCCACACAUGACAGCUCAGGACGGAAUCCUGUCAAGCCUCAUAGCUCAGGCACCAAAACCUCUCUCCAAGCCGCAGUGUCCGAUCGACUGGCGCUCCCCCCGCGACCACCGAAACGGCCCACUUGGAAUGCCGCUGCCAUCUGCAGAUUCCGGAUUUUCAGGGGUCAUGAUUGGUAGCCAAGGCGCCUCCCACUGGGGUCUCGUUGUGUUUUGAUAGCACACCACACACAUCUCGAUUGGCCGAAGCGUGGGUAGGUGUCAGUUUGGCGACAACCAUCCAGUGAGGGGCACUGGCUCUGGAUCGGAUGGUCAGAAGCGGCCCUCCAACUCGCGUCAUCAGCAUCUGCUUGGCCCUUUCCUUGGCCGGCCUGCCCCGAGUGGUGUCUUCGACUGCGAACUCCCGACGGCGAGAGGGUGGGUGGUGUGGGUGAGGUCCAAGUCGUGAGUGGUAUGGAGGUGAGCAGAACCUCGCGGUGUGAGGGAGGCACGAGAGGGAGUUAUGUAUGCACACACUCACCGCCUAUCGGGUCCUUUGAGGCCAGCGCCCCGUACCUGCUUUCAUGAUGGCCUCUUUGGAAGACCGGCCAUGGUUGGCUGUCAACAACAGGAGGUACGGAUGUACAUCGGUACACUACAGAUUCAACCCCCCGCGCCCAGCAAGAAACGAGCACGAGACGAGCGGAGAAUGGUUGAUGAAGCGUCUCAGCAGACUUGACCACUAACGUCGAUUUUUGCUUGAUAAAACCGCAGCGAUCACACGUACCGGCGGGACCUUGCCUUUGCGCGGCAGGUUUGCUGUCCAAUCCUAACAGGGCACAUCUAACAGCACGACUAAUAGAUACGGGUUUGCGCGACUGGCGCCGAAUUCCCCAAGUCCUUUUUGACCUCCUCUCUGGCUGUAACGAGGGACAAAAUUUUUUUGACCGGAACCAAUUGGCUGAAGACCUGCUUAGUAGCACCGCUUAGCUUCUGGUUCGUCAAUCCAAGCAACACGAAAGGAGGGGAGGGGGUUCCCUAUCACUGCUUCAUGCUGGUUGUCUUGCCUCACACACGGUGGGGGGGACGCCUGCUGAGUGGGUGGUAACGGGCUGGGAACCGGCAGGUUCGGGCAUUCAGUUUUUGUGACGGCUCGUCUUUUUGCAUUUUCACUGCAGGGCAUUCUCCAUGGAAGAGGAGCAAUUGGUUGGUGAGAGAGGAGCCCACAGACCUGCAGCCAAGUUGCCUCGCAUCCAGUCAAGCCAAGAAGGCACGAUGCGCUGGCGCACUAGGUACUUACUUACUCACUACCACUGACUGGCCUAACCUUGAUGGCUUCUCCGAAGCACACAAGAUGCAGUUUUUUUCUGAUAUCGAUGGGUUCUUUUGGGGACUUUUCUGCUUUCUGAGAACAGGGGAAAGAAAGAUGUGACAAGUCAACCGACAGCCCCGUUUCGUGUCGACGAAGAAGGUUGAUAGCGACAGUUGAAAGUUAUGGGAGAGUGGGAGAUCACCUAUCAAGAACACCGCGAUACCUGGGUUUUAGACCCAAAGUUGAAGUCAGGCUCUCACGGGGCUCUUUUAGACAACAAAGGACAUGCCAUAGGAUAAGGCGGCGGGGUGGGCUUGGUUUUGGUUUCAAUGAUGCUAUGGAUGCGCCAUACAGCUACCAUGUCAUUUGCCCCGCAGACGUGGAGUUUUGAACUGUAAGCCAACAAGAAACCACACGCUGGCUGCUGAAGAAUAAUUUUUCUUCUGGCUAGCUCUGCUCGUGAUCACUGGGUUGGGUGUUGUUCAAUGGGCAUCUGAUUUUAGGAGAAUGCGAUCUAGCUUUGGAUUCUUCUGUAUGCGUCACUGGACAGACAGGAAAAGGAGGUGGAUAUGUGUUGGCAUGGCUGGUGAUGGUGGUGCUGGCAGGUUAGCGAACCCAAACCCCCCAAGACCAAGCAGCUCAGCCCAGCCCAGCCCAGCCCACAGGGACAGGACAAGAUAUCAAAUAUUGCUUGCGUAGUUGCUUGCUCUGCUGCUUUGCUUGCUUGCUUAUGUAUCUGUUAUGUUAUGCGGUCGAGGCUGAUUCGUCGUUUGCUUUUCUGCUGUCGUUCAUCGCCUCGCUUUUUACUUGGUUGGGGCGCAUUGGAUGAGAGAAACUGAGGGCUAAGGACCGGGUACAUUUCUUGGGAUUUGAAGGGAAGGGAGAGAUGAGUCUUGUGCAAACCAAGAGAAGGAAAAGAACAAA